UCGAGGGGCUCCUCCUACGUCAUGAACAGCAGGGUAAUUACCGCCCGACGACCCCUAAAAUCCAGCGCUAGUGGAGGUAAUUUCGAUGUGUGAUGUAGCAGACCAGACCAGACCAGACCAGACCAGAGAUAUAAAAUCCAACAUUCCUGCCUCGAACAUCUACAAUACCUUCCAUAUCGCAAAGCGACAAAGAAUCAACGACUUUUUCUAAACCAGAAUCUCCUAGAACAACCUCUAUCAUGUCUGCCGAGAAGCCAGGCUUGCCGGGAUCGCACCCGGUCACCAUGCCAUUGCGUCAGGCCUCAACGUCCAGCGCCGUGAGCGAUGAUGCUGUGCCUCUCACGGACCCCAAGAAUACUUCCGAGUUACUUGCAGAGCGUUUGCAAGCAUGGAAACACGCCGUGGGCUAUCUCGAAGCCUAUGUCGGAGCCACAGAGAAGAUCCAGAAGGCACAUGCCAAGGAGUAUGAAAAAGUGCUAAAGACAAUCUCGGAUCCCUUGAGGGAAGGUCACCACUUUGACCAGAACUUGGGAGGAAUCGCAGGGCUCUUCGAGAACAUGAGACAGAACACGCAGGGAAUGGUUAACACACACAUCGAAACCGAAAAGAACCUCAAGGGCUCCGUCCUCCCUAUCCUCGACCGUCUUCACAAGGAAAUCAAGAACAAGUCCAAGGAGCUGUCCGGUGGUGCUGGUAAGAGUGCGAAGGAAGUCGACAAGGCCCGAAAUACCACCCAGAAGCACAUCGAACUGUUGGGACAACACACUGCUGGAUUCGGGUCUAGUGGAGGCAAGAUGACGGCAAAUGAUGAUCCAUAUAUUUUGCAGAGAGGUGUUUAUCACCGACUGGGCAAGCAGGUUAUUGAAGAGAAUAAUAACAAACAUGACUUGAUUGCUGUUCAGCAAAACUUCGCCCAAUUCGAGGCGCACAUUGUUGAGGUCAUCCAACAAGCACUCAUGUCCUUCAACCAAUUCGUUGGUGGACAAGCUCAGAAGGUCGAGCAACUCUACGGGGAAAUGCUCGGCACUGCCCAGGCUAUUCCUCUCAACUUCGAAUGGACCGGUUUUGUGGAGAGAAACAACAAUAUUCUUAUUGAUCCGAAGUCGCCAGAUCGUACCAUUGACGGCAUGACUUUUCCGAACCAGAACCAUCAUUCCACCCAGGCCGUGAUCGAAGGCACUCUGGAAAGAAAAUCUCGCAACAAACUCAGCAUGAGUGGUUACUCAACUGGAUAUUACGUUGUCACACCAUCUAAAUUCCUCCACGAGUUCAAGGACAGCGAUAAUUUGCGCAGGGACCCUACUCCUGAGCUUUCAAUCUACCUUCCCGAUGCUGUUAUCGGAGCGACGAAUGGCGAGAAGUUCAACGUUAAAGGGAAGGAUGUCAGCAAGGGUUUCGGUAGCAAGUUGUCCGGCUCUUCAGAAAUCCAAUUCAAGGCCCACACUGCUGCCGAUGCUACAAACUGGUUUGAGGCCAUCAGAUCUGUGGUUGGCUCUGCUCCAGCGACUGAUGCAGUGAGCCCUAUCAGUCCAGUGAGCCCGGACAGCCCUGUCGAUAAUAAGGCUUCGCAGCCACCUGUGUAUCCUGAGGAGAAGCAAGCUGCUCCAGCUCCUCUGCAAACAUCCGGCAUGACUGGAGAGCAACAUGUUGCCAGUCCAACCGUUGUCUCUCCAGCGGCUGCUCAAGCCAGCGCUCCAACCAGCGCUGUCACACCUACUGCUGCCGAAAAGAUCUGAUAUCUGUCAACGGGAGUACAUGGAAUGACGACUAGGGGUGAGGUGGAAGUAGUAAUGUAUAAUCUAUGGAAGACGGAAUGGAAGAAAAGUGAAGUGUGAGAUUUGCCAGCGUGGAGUCUUUCGAUUUGCGAUGGCGAUGUGGCGGAUUGAAUAGCAUCAAAUUGUGGUAACAGCUUGAAAUUUCAAAAAUAGACUGAAUCUUCCUAUCCUUUGGUACCUAGUGACAUGGUUCAUUUGAGGCGAAUAAUUUCAUUCAUACUUUACCCGAAAUAUAAGCUGCUUAUACCUGUCAGCAGAAAAUCUUAGUACAUGUUAGGAUGCAAGUAAGGGGAGAUGCAGGUAAGGUAAGGUAAGCUCAGCCCUACUGCUCGGGAAAUAACAUAUUCCAGAAUCCGAACGUUGUCUCAAUCGUCGUUUCUUAUCUCUCCUGGCCCUCGCAAAAGCUC